UAACAACAGAAGUGUGUGGCAGUCGCGAUCCGAAGGGUUUCGCCGGAGAUCAACACGCGUUAGUGCGAUCGCAUCGAUUCGAUAGUUGAACAUUGAAAAGAAGUGAAGAGUUGGUGGAAACAAAAACGAAGUCUUCCGUGUUUUAACUUCGGUGCAGGAGUAAAUGUUGGGCUUUCGCACUCGAAGGCAGCAAAAUUGCUAAGCCGAGUGUUUUUUUUCUCAUUCGAAUAGUUUGUACGUCAAAGCACAUUGAAAGGCGAUUGCAGCGAGUGUUCAGUUUUAAUUAUACGCUGUUUCAAAUUCAAACGGCGAUCUUGAAAGUCCAGGCCAGGGGCAGCUUUCAUUAGUGUUGCUAUUGCAAAAUGGGCAAAUUGCAGAAUAAAUCGUUGCUAACAGUGAUUGUGGUGAUUAGUACGAUUGGCUGUCACGCGUUUCAGCAGUCUCCUGCUAGUGAUUAUAGUGAAAACCAGAGUCAGCAUCCUGAAAAACGACUUGUGCACCGUCAUCAUGGUCACCAACAUCAGCAUCGGCUGAACACGAUAUCCUUAGGCACUAGAAACUCCUCUCGAUAUUCGCUAAUUGGACCCUUUGGCGCGGGAAACCAUUAUCAGCCACAACCAACAGACAGUUAUCACCAGCAUCAUCACCAUCACCGUCAGCCUGCUGCUGGCAGCACUGUUUCGCAUCAUCAGCAUGCUGGAUUUCCCAGUAUAUCGGAAGCUAAUCAGGAAAAUCGUCGAUACCACAAUCCGGGAUUACGGUGGAAUACCGUCCCAACGGAGCGUGCCACCACUACUGCGAGGGUGCCAUCGAACCGGCCUGGAAACAAUGCCGGUGGACGAAGUGUAAGGCGAAUGCUGAAAAACAACAACCAUCACCAUAGGAACAUUACCGGCAAAAACAUCUGCACCGAAAAGCGGAUCGUCCAUGUACCCGUCUACAAGAAAUCGACCGUGAAGCAUUUUGUUCAACCUUGUCCGGAUCAGACGCUGUGCAGCGGUUUUCGUGCCAAUUAUGAGCCAACGUAUCACACGGUUAAGAAGGAGGUCUACGUUUGCUGUCAGGGAUGGGAAACAGCAACCACCAUUUCUGAAGGUUGUUUCAAGCCCGUUUGUAAGAGUCAGUGCCGCAACGGAGGUACUUGUACUGCUCCAGACACCUGUACGUGUACCGUUGGAUUCACAGGAGCGCAGUGCGAGCAGGACAUCAAUGAGUGUAAGAUUGAAAAACCAUGCGACCAAACGUGCUACAAUACAGACGGAUCGUACUACUGCACGUGUCGAGAUGGGUUCAUGCUGCAACCCGAUCGCCAGAGUUGUAAGCGAAUCGAAACGGCGAACGACGUCGCCACCGAAGCCAGAGAUAUGGAAAACGAUGUCGAUUACGACAGCCUGGAUACGCGGUUAUCCAAGCUGGAGAAGAUUAUCUACAGCGAAGAUCGCAGAUCACAAUCGGAGAACCACGAGCUCAACAAGAAGGUCCAGUAUGCGCUGGAUGCUGUUUCUUCGCUGCGAUCGCAAAUUUCUCGAUUGUCCCAAAGGCUUUAUCCGAGUGUAGACUACGGGAAUCGGAUCAACUAGUGAACGACCAACUGUGUGUGUGUGUGUGGGUGGGUUGUUAGACUCGAGCUCCGAUUCUCUCUCUCCGACGUAGGAUGUAUUUAUUGUAAUUAAUUCUAGGCCGUGUUUUUAAAAUAAGACUUCAAACCAAAUGUGUUUCGUCUAUAAAGGUCCCACCGUGUGAGAUACGACAAAGCUGCCAACUUAAUACGAGGCAGCAUACCAAAACCCCGCGCAGGCUGAUUCUAGGUUAGAAGACGAAAGCCGGGCAGUGAUCAGUCCAGCAGCUGGAUAAUUUGGAAAAUAAAACUAGAAAGCCAUUCGUUUCGAUACAUUUUAAUACCCAAGAAAAAAAAUCUAUAUUUAUUGUCCUUACAGAGCUAAGAGACAAUACACAAAUAGGAGGAAGAUUAAAUGUAAUGAUUUUAAUAAAAUAAAAG